AUGGGCAAACUUGCAGAAAGGACAUUGCAAGGACAACGGCCGCGCUCUGCUCGAUAUAGAGCAGCAAUCAGUACGGCCGGACUACUGUUCUUAACCUCAUCUCUUUACCUGGGAACAUCUCAAUAUCGCAGUCAUGGACGUGCAACCCAAGUUGAAACAGAGUCGGCUUCGUUGGAGUGGAAGGAUGACAUAUGGCCAUUCCGUGAACCAAUGCCCUGGGAUAUCUCGACGGACUUCCCAUACAGACGCGUAUUGGAAUACGACGUUACGGAGGGAACAUGGUUGCGUUUAGACGUGCAUCCGAAGACGGGAGAUAUCGUGUUCGACAUGGUGGGAGACUUGUACUGCUUACCUGCAACCUCGUAUGCACAAUUUUCUGAGCGAACUCGCGCGGUUCCUAUCAUGAUCGGCAUCCCGCACGACUCCGACCCCCACUUUUCUCCAGACGGUGAGACAUUGGUUUGGAGAAGCGACGCCGAACUCGGGAUCGAGAACAUAUGGGUUACAAGCUGGAAUGGCUGCCAGUCUAUGGAUCUCCGCCCCGCUCAGGGAUUACCUGCGAAUCCCGAGUUGCUCAACGCGUUGGCACUCCAGAACACUGACGAGACAUUACUUGCGAACGAAAUACGUGAGACGGAUGAAAGGAGAUACAGACGUUUAUUGAGGGAAGGGAGAAGUUCUGCACGGCGGGUAACGAACGAGACGUAUCGCUGGGUGUCCGACCCUCGGUUCCACCCAUCUGGAGACAAACUCACGGCGACGAAAUGGUAUACUUCCUCCCGCAGUCUAGGCGCUGGAGAAAUAUGGGAGUAUCAGCUACCAAGCAUGGCCUCUGAUACUACUCCAAUAGCGGUGGGCGCUGGCAUACGUCGCGUUGGCCGAGAACUCCCUCCUGGCUGGGAUCUCACAACUCAGUACGGUAACCAGCAAAUUGGCCCAGAACAAGCCGUUUGGCUUGGGUACGACACGCUCAUUUACUCAAAGAAUGUACUUGACGAAGCUAGUGGAGCGUUUGACUAUAGCAAGGACGUUCACAGUGGCAUUUAUUCGAUUUUCUCGCAUAAUUUGACGACGAAGACGACAAAAACGCUUGUGGAUGCAUUUCCAGGAGGCGCGAGUCGACCCGAACUCUCAAGAGAUGGUAGAACACUGGCGUUCGUGAGGAGGGUCCGAGACAAAAGCGUACUGGUGCUCAAGGACCUCGCAACUGGGUCGAUUCAUCAUGUCUACGACGGGUUGACAUACGAUCUAUCGACAGUCUCGGCUCCAAUGGGUACAUACCCAUCCUUCGCUUUCACUCCGGCUAGUUCUCCUGAAGAGGCUAUUGUUAUAUGGGCUGCUGGUCAAAUUUGGUAUCUCCCAUUGAGCUUGAACUCACGCGGUGAACGAAUUAAGCAUCCGGUGCACGAACCGCGUACCAUACCAUUCAAAGCCACGAUAGAGAAGCGUAUCAGCGAGACGUUGGUUGCGCAGAGCAACGACGGAAAGCAAGGUAUAAUCGAAGGACUUGAUUUAGUCGGCCUAGAAACCAAAGAUGUGGCGCGCGUACGGGCGAUGAAAGAACUGAAAGUUGAUGAAGCAGGGAAGCAGGCGGUAUUCCAAGCUGCUGGCGUCAGUUACGUCCAGAGCCUCACAACCAGUGCUCAAGCUGGAGCAUCAAAGGACGCCAGGAAGGUUCCGGUUCUCUCCCCUGACUCCCCCUAUUACUCCCCCUCCUUUGUUCCUGGCCUGGAGACUAGCGAAACCUUGGUUAUUCAUGCGAGAUGGUCGGACGAGACUUUCUCUACCCUUGAAUUAGCAGACGUCGACUCGGGGUGCUCAUACGAAGUCACAGGCUUACCACUCGGCCGAUAUUACUCCCCUGCGAUUUCCAAGUCGGGCUCACGCCAGCGCAAGAUCGCUUUUGUAAAGACAGCAGGCGGGAUCCUCACCGGCGAUAUCGUCGCUGUAGCCAAUCCAGGCUUGUACGUCGGUGACAUAGUCCUACCUGAACACACAGGUCAAUGUGUUGGCGUUGAAGUCUCGAUCGACAGUGUCCAUUUUGUGUCGGAAGACCUCGAUCUCGAUGAAGACGAUGUUAUUAAACUUCGCUGGAUUGACGUCGCUGAACCCUCUGCGAAUCGGCUGCCCUGGUUCCAAGCACCCGAAUCAGGGAUCAAGGAGCUGCUCCUAGUCGAACAGGGAUCGACGGCCUUCGUCGUAGACAUUGCGGGAGGCCACGACGAACUCGGUGAAUUCAAACGGUGGACGAUAUCAGAGGGAGAAAUGUCCAACGAGAUCGUUGUUGGCAGCAUCAAACAUGUCCAAUGUUGGCCCUUCCCGUGGUUCUGCUUUUGGGACUCACUUCCCAUGUCGUCUUUCCUUGGGCUGGGCAACAAUAAACCUACGGUGUCUCGGGCUGACAGAUAUCGACCUAGCAAAGUCGCCUUCGUCGAUUUCUUCCAUGUAUACCUUGUCGAUGGGAGUAAUGUAGGUGUAGGCGAAAAGGUCUGGUCAAAACCUGGUAACGCUAGUGAAGCUUUGGCCCGACUGAGCUUGGACGGCGGUCACGAUCUGACAUUUAGCGGCGACGGCAAGAGAUUGUACUGGUUCUUGGGUCCUUUUUUGCAUUCUGUCGAAGUUUCCCAGAUCGACAAAUGCGCGAAAGCAAUCAAGGCCGACCCUCUGACAUUUGGAAUUGAUUGCGUUCAUCGAUAUGUCAAGUUCCAGGAAGUCGUCGUGGAGCAUUCUACCGACAUCGCGCGUCUCAAGCAAGAAGCCCACCAAAAUGCGGCUGACGCUGUUGAUAGUGCCGAUGUCCUUGUCAUUUUCAAUGCGACUCUCGUGACAAUGGAAACAGGAAAUGUGGCCUCAGAUGUCAUUUACAACGGAGCGUUAGUCACAAGGGGUGGUAUAAUAGAGACGGCAGGGCUGACCCACGACCUGGUUGUUCCUUUGGGUGCUACUGUCAUUGACGCUCGGGGAGCCUUCGUGAUUCCUGGAUUCAUCGACGUUCACGCCCACUGGGACGGUUUCAGCUCUCGAUAUCCUGCUACAUCCUGGGAAAUGGAGACGUUUUUGGCGUACGGAAUCACAACGUUGCACAACCCUAGUGCCGACAACGUGAAUGGAUUCGUAGAGCGUAGUCGAGUCGAGAGUGGUCAACUUGUUGGCCCCAGAAUAUUCACCGUUGGCACCAUCAUCUAUGGUGCCGGCCUUGUCGGCUAUCAUCAAGACGUCGCUGAUACCGCCGAGGCUCGCUCUGCACUACUUAGGCUCAAGGCCGAAGGCGGACCGUCUAGUAUCUCGUACAAGAAUUACAACCUACCUUCGAGAGCAUCAAGGCAGAGACUUCUUCUCGAGGCCCGAAACCUUAGCAUGCUAUGUGUACCAGAAGGUGGCAUGAACCAGGACUGGGACUUGACUUACAUUGUAGACGGCAUGACUACCGUCGAGCAUAAUUUACCUGUCGCAACUCUUUACGACGAUGUCAUCAAUCUUUUUGCUUUCAGUGGGACGGGCAACACCCCAACCCAUAUUGUAAAUUAUGGCGGUGCACAUGGCGAACAGUUCGUAUGGGCAAAUGUCGAUGUUCCCAAUGAUCCCAAACUUCGUCGAUUCACUAGGCAUGACAUAUUGGAAGGACUGACUGAGUCCACUGCAAGACCUCUGCAAUCAUAUGCACUCUUCAACACAUCAAGUACAGUGGCGAAGAUGGUACGCAAGGGCCUCCGUGCCCACAUUGGUGCACAUGGAGAGCCCCCUUUGGGUCUCAACUACCACGCGGAAAUGUUCUUCGCAAAGGCCGGGGGUCUCAGCAACUAUGAGGUAAUUCGGGCUGCAACUAUUCAUGGUGCGGAGACACUCGGGUUGCAGAAGUCCAUCGGUUCCCUUUCACCAGGGAAGCUCGCAGACUUUUUGGUUUAUGAGCCCGACGUGGAUAUUCUUGGAGGGGAGAUAGCCGCCACAAAUCAAGUGAGAUAUGUUUCUCGCGGCGGGCGUGUCUGGGCAGCCUCCACCAUGGAGGAAGUAUGGCCUGUCAAAGGCAGGAAGAAACCCAUCCCUCCAUUGAAUCCGGAGUAA